UUGAUUGUAAUUGAACAAGAAUGUGUAGGCAAAACUGUCGCGCAAAAUCCUCACCGGAGGAAGUGAUUUCAACUGAUGAGAAUCUCUUGAUAUAUUGUAAACCUGUUCGACUAUACAACAUCUUUCACCUUCGCUCUCUAGGCAACCCAUCGUUUCUUCCAAGAUGCUUGAACUACAAAAUUGGAGCAAAGCGCAAAAGAAAGUCAAGAUCUACUGGGAUGGUAGUUUUCAACUAUAAGGAUUGCAAUAAUACAUUACAGAAAACUGAAGUUAGGGAGGAUUGUUCUUGUCCAUUUUGCUUUAUGCUAUGUGGUAGCUUCAAGGGGCUGCAAUUUCAUUUGAAUUCAUCUCAUGAUUUAUUUGAAUUUGAGUUCAAGCUUUCGGAAGAAUACCAGACAGUUAAUGUUUCUGUAAAACUUAAUUCCUUCAUAUUUGAGGAAGAAGGAAGUGAUGAAGAUAAAUUUGAGCCCUUCUCUCUCUGCUCGAAACCUCGUAAGCGUAGACAAAGAGGUGGCAGAAAUAACACCAGGCGACUUAAAGUACGAUUUUUACCGUUGGAUUCACCCAGUUUAGCUAAUGGCACAGAAAAUGGAAUUUCCCUGCUGAAUGAUGGAAACCGUGGAUUAGGAUAUCCCGAGGCAACAGAGCUUGCUGGACAAUUUGAGAUGACUAGCAACAUUCCACCAGCCAUAGCUCACUCUUCUCUGGACGCUGGUGCUAAAGUUAUAUUAACAAGCGAAGCUGUGGUCCCUGCUACAAAGACAAGAAAGUUAUCUGCGGAGCGAUCAGAGGCUAGAAGCCACCUGCUUCUUCAGAAACGCCAAUUCUAUCAUUCUCACAGAGUCCAGCCAAUGGCGCUUGAGCAAGUAAUGUCUGAUCGGGAUAGCGAGGAUGAAAUCGAUGAUGAUGUUGCAGAUUUCGAAGAUCGCCAGCUGCAGAUGCUUGAUGAUUUUGUGGAUGUGAAUAAAGAUGAAAAGCAAUUCAUGCAUCUUUGGAACUCAUUUGUAAGAAGGCAAAGGGUUAUCGCAGAUGGUCAUAUUUCGUGGGCAUGUGAAGCAUUUUCAAGAUUUUACGAGAAAGAGUUGCACCGUUACUCAUCACUCUUCUGGUGUUGGAGAUUGUUCUUGAUUAAACUAUGGAACCAUGGACUUGUCGACGCAGCCACCAUCAACAACUGCAAUACCAUCCUCGAGAAUUGCCAUAAUAGCUCAGACACCACCAACAACAACACCAACAGUGUGGAUCAUCCCAAUGAGUCAAACACCAAUAACAAUAACAGUGUGGAUCAUCCCAAUGACAUAAACAGCAAGAACGAUGUUGACAACAAGGACAAUAACAGCAGAGACAAGUAAUUAAAUAGGAAAAUCUCCGGUUUAGAUGAUACCGGUUAAUCGGAUUGUAACUUAUUCUUCUUUCUUAAAAAAAAUGUUUAGGAGCAAACAAAGAAUUUAUUUGUUA